GAAAUGUACGUUUGCGACGCAUUCUCAUAUUUCUCCCUGGCCUGUUGUAGGACCGUUUUUUAGAAGGGUUGAAACAGAAUUUCUCGAACCUGGGUACCUCAAGUGGGAAGGCUAUCGAUCAAACAAAGUAAUUUCUUUGUGCAACUUGUUGGUUCAGCUGUUUAAUCAGGUAGCAUCAACCUACUAUUUUGUCCAGAAAAUGUGACUUUGUCAGCUUGCACUGAACUCAGUUCGCCCAAUAAUAGGUUAUUAUAGAGUAAGCCCCCUAACCUGAAACGCCACUGCGCCCGCUUCGCUCUUGUCCUAUAAUAAACUCGAUCCUCGCAGCGUCACAUGCCGACUUCUCACUCCACACUCCAUUCACGAGCUCAAAGCUAGCUACCUCUCCUCGCCGUGUCCUCGUCACUGUGCACGAGCACGUCGCCUUCCCUUCCGUUUCCCAACAAAGCCAAGAAUAAGGCACUCGCAGCCGAACGAGCGAGCACGAUGCUGGGAUGCUUCUCCCGGCUGCGGCGGCCGACGACGACGGGGUCGUCAGCGGCGCCGGAGCCCAUGCCGGCGGCGGCGUCCGACGAGGCGUCCACGUCGGCGGCCUCGACGACCUCAGCGGCGGGCUCCACCUCGCCGUGCUCGUCGUCGUCCUCGGCGCGCUGCAACAAGGACGACGACCACGCCGGCAACAACGACUCCAACUCCAUCGUCGCCGUGGGCAAGAACCCGUCGGCGCUGUCCGAGUUCGGGCUGUCCUCGGCCAUCGCGUCGCGCCGCUUCUUCCUCUCCUCCCCGGGCCGCUCCAACUCCAUCGUCGACUCGUCCGCGCACGGCGCCGCCGCCGCCGCCGCCGCCCUGGGCGUGGGCGUGGGCGCGGCUGGGGUGGCGGUGCCCACGUACUCGCCGGACCCGCACGCCGACUUCCUCCGGUCCAUGGAGGAGAUGGCCGCGGCGCUGCGUCUCGACGCGCGCCGCCGCGGCGACAGGGCCCGCCUCCACGAGCUGCUGCUCUGCUACCUCGCGCUCAACGACAGGCGCGCGCACAAGUACGUCGUCAGCGCCUUCACCGAUCUCCUCCUCCGCCUCACCGCCGCCGCAAACCUCGACGAUGACCACCACCAUGAUUAGCUCUUCCGACCUCCUAGCAUCAACCAGCAAUUCUCUUCUGGAGCCUGCAAUGACUGCGUUGCCAUCGCCAUGCACAGGGACAGCAUUUUUGAGUACGGAAAGUCAAAAAUCCUCUGCAAUAAUCGGCGAGUUACAUGGAACCUGAUCAUGCAUUAGCGUUACAAGAUCAACCAACUGUAAAUAUUGCUUUCAGCUCCACGUCGAAUUCCGUAGCUAGAUACCUGUUCGUGUGCUGUGUGCACAGCAUUUUGCUUCAACCUUUUUUUUUCUCUGGGUGUGUUGUGUGACUGUGUGAGCAGUGAGCGUUCUGGCUAAGAUAUGAUAUGGUUUUUUUUUCCUUCUAAAAACAAAGCUGCAUUUGCAUCGUGCUC